AUGGGAGUCCCCAUUAGGACGGAUGCCUACGUCGAGGAUAUCGCAAUGAAAGUGAUAGCUGAAGGGGGUGCAGACAAGCUUGCUCGCAUGCUGGUGCGCAUGCCAGACAAACAGGUGGCUCACCUCGUCACAUCACAAUCGCUGACACAGCGAUCCGGAUAUAUCGAGAGAGGCAUCAAUCAUAAAUUAGUGAGAGGAGCUUGUGAACGCCUGGACAAUAUGGUGAUGUGGGUCCUAGAGGCAACGAUGGGGCUCAGAGAUACCGAAGUCGAAGAAGAGUUCUUCCAAGACGACUGCCAGCCUGACCGCUUCAAGUUAAAGCCCUAUCAACAAGCCCAGGCGCGCCUGUCGACAGGAGCCGGAGGACUAGGAUUACCAGCAGCCGUUAUGCGGAGGUUCUCAGCUUCUCUGGGCAACGUAGUCGGCACCCUUCCUGCGGUUAUAGCCGCGUUACGGGGUCCAUUGGGAGAGUCGGUGAGAGUUCGGAUACCGGGAACCGUGUUGGUGGAGCGGAUGGGGGACGCUAUCAAAGAACUCAACCAGGAGCAUGGAGUAUCGGUGGAGAUUCUGAAGGGGAUCCUUCCCCCGUCAUGGGUUGAGUGGGCCUUAGAACCGACAGGAGAAACCGGAAGGCGUCAGCCCACCGUUGCAGAACUGGCAGCACACGAUGGGGAAUCUACUACGCCGAGGAAAGCCCAGCACAAACUGGGCAAGGCGAUUAACAAGAUACAACUUGAAAAGUUCAUGGAGUCUCUGGAGCACCUCCCCCAGGAGGCGGUACCACCCACGCGGGACAACCCCUACGGAGGUCAAGAGGCCAGGAACAUGGCAUACGCACGAACGAGAAGCUCGCAAGGGCAAGGGGGGCACGCGUUCCUGAGAGCGGCUCCCACCGACCGAGCUCGAGAGAUUCCAUCGAACGAAUUCGUCUACGCGACGAGACGCGCCUUGGGAGUUGAAGAAUUCUUGGCGGAAAGAUGUCCCAGGUGCCACAGAGGCAGGGAAGGCGAGAUCAUCACAACGGUGCACGCAAGGACCUGUCGAAGGGAUGGAGCACAGGUCAACAUGCACGAGCCGUUAAAAUACGCACUAUCGAGAGCACUCAACGGCCUUCGCGUCAAACACGACGUUGAAAGCGGGGCACCGUUCACGGGGGAAAGAAACCUGAGCAUGGACAUCGUCAUCAGGCCAGGAGCCCUCACGAACGCAUCUUCUCCGGGGUACCGCAACAAAGGAAUACUCCUCGAUGUCACACACGCAGACCCGCAAGCACAGGUACACUUGCGGAACGGCAGCGCGACCAGCGAUGGAAUCGCAGCCCAAGCAUCCGAGGCGCGAAAGCGUCAGCACUACGCUCGUCCGGGACACGUGUCCUUUGACGAACGCAGCUUUAAACUUACCACCUUAGCCGUGGAAAGCUUUGGCCGCCUUGGAGAGGAGGGUUACGAGAUCAUCGAUGAACUUGCGACACAUGCUGUGGGAGGGAGGGACGGAGGAACGAUGGCUCUGAAAGGAGUCUUCAAGGAACGACUUCUUCAGAUCGUUUCGGUGGCUACACAGGUGGCCAUAUCUCGGCGAGUGCAGAGGCGAACAAGAUCGACCUCGAACCAGUCAACGCCAAUGAUAUGGNUGAAAGUAGAAUAA